AUGUUCAACAAGACAGCGGCCAGUGUGGCCGUUGUUGCCGUUGCAGUGGCGCUUGUGGCAAGCAUCCUCAGCGUGAACGCCGUGUUCACAACCACGUGCCCCGACAAAGCCUCCUGCGCCUUCUGUGACAUCACCAAUGGUGUGACAACCUGCUAUCAGUGCCGCAACUCAAAGUACCUGUACAGCGGGUCCUGCCACGCGGACUGCUCCGCGUUUCCAGCCUACAUUGAGGCCGGCGAAGGCACCAUCAACCGCGAGUGUGUGCCCAGGUGUGAGACGGACACCCAGUACCGUGGCUUUGAUGAUGCGUGCCGUGAUCUGACAACCUGUAUGCAGGACACGCAGUAUGAGAGAGUGGCGCCGACCUUGUCCUCAGACCGCGUCUGUGGUAACCUGACGCAGUGUGCGCGUGGUUGCGCCGGUGGCCGCGACACUGUCACCAGCGAGUCGUGUCAGUGCAACGCCUUCUGCCACACGUGCACGCGUGUUGGCGACGAUGAGCCAAUCUGCACCAUUUGCAGCUCCUCUCGCUACUUGUUUCAGGGCAGAUGCGUUGACACCUGCACUGGCUUUCCCGGCUUUUUCAACAGCGGCACCGGCACGUUCAAUCGCCGCUGCCUGCCGACGGAUCCAAGCAACACCGACCACCUCGUUGACGUGCCCCCAACAGCUUACGAGGCACAAGCCCCGACCGCCACAUCCAACCGAGAUAUUCACGUCCCGCCAUCUGUGCCUCUUCGUCACCCAAUAGUGUGCGCGCCAUACAGCACGUGCAACGACCCCUUGUACCAGAAGGAGGCACCAACACUCACGUCGGACCGCAUGUGCGACGAUAUCACACAGUGCACGUCUGCACAGUACCAGUCUGUCGCUCCAACCAUCACUUCGGACGCCGAAUGCAAGAACCUGACGACGUGCGUGGAAGGUGCCACGUUUGAGCUUGUGGCACCAACGGCCACCACAGACAGGGCCUGUGACGACUGUGCCACGUGCGAAGAGGACAGUUUCGAGACCAGCCCCUGCACGCUCACGUCUGAUCGCACGUGCUCGCAGCCGUGCGGACCAUGCGACCCGAACCAGUACGAGACGGUGCCUUGCACAGCAAGCACGGACCGCGAGUGCCGCAACUGCUCUACCUGCGUUGGCGGCGAAACGUUCCUGCUUGCGCCUUGCACAGCCACACAGGACACACAGUGCAUGGAGUGCGCACCGUGCGAUCUCGACACGCAGUACGAGAGCGAGGCGUGCACCGUGUCCACGGACCGCGUGUGUCUUGAGCUGCGCACGUGCACAGAGGAGGAGAUUGAGGUGACACCGCCCACCCCAACCUCAAACCGCGAGUGCGCGCCAAAGCCACCCUGCCCCGACGGCGAGUACGCUACAGCACUGCCUACACCGACAACUGACGCAGAGUGCGCCCCUGUGAGCGCGUGCACGGUGCUGUGCGCUGCAGGCUUCACCAACACGGGCGCCUGCAGCUGCGGCACAUCGUGCAACACGUGCUUCCUCAACCCGUCUUCCAGCGAAACAUACUGCACGCUCUGCCAGGGCGGCCGCUAUCUGUACGACGGCACGUGCUACCAAAACUGCGAUGGCAUUGACGGUUUUGUCGGCAUCGGCUCAGGUUCGUUUGGGCGGCAAUGCAUUCCCUCCGACCCAGACACCACGCUGCCCACUCCAACCCUCUUCCUGGAAUUCGAGGCAGAUGCACCAACAUCAACCACGUCCUGCUCUGCCAUUUCCUCGUGCGAGAGCGACGAGUAUCAAGUGGCAGCACCAACUGACACAUCAAACAGAGUGUGCAAGACGAUCAAGGAGUGUGUCGCUGGCUUUGAGUUUGAGUUGGAAGCGCCAACCGCCACCUCAGAUCGUGUUUGUCGCGGCGGCGCCGUGUGCCGGUCUGAUGAGUACGAGACAAAGGCGCUCACACCUACCAGCAACCGCGAGUGCACAGCUCUGGAAGAGUGCGUUCCCAACGUCAACUACGAGACAGUGCCGCCGACACAAACGACAGACCGCACCUGCACCCCUGUCACCCCGUGCGAGGACACGGAAUUUGAGCUCUACCCAGGCACCUUCACCAGUGACAGGGUGUGUGCGCAAAUCUCAUCGUGCCGCGAGAACCAGUACAUCCUGCGACCAGCCACGGCAACGAGUGACACUGUGUGCAACGCCGUGGACACGUGCGCUGUUGUGUGCCGCGAUUUUCAAAUCGACGGCACGGGCGGCUCGUGCUCGUGCGGUAUUUCCCGCUGCACCGCCUGUCGUAUCGAUUUGGCGGAGCGCGUGUGUGUGCAGUGCAACGAAGACAACGUUGUGUUCGACGGCAUCUGCCUCUCGUCGUGCCCUGAGGGGUACACCGCGUCACCCCCGGACCUGUCCCCUGCGCGCUUCUGCGUUCCCAUUGGCGCCAACGCCACUGCCGAGCCGCUCCUCGACACCCAGUUUGAAGUCCUCCCGCCAACACCAACUUCGAACCGAGAGUGCGAGGAGAUCCGAGACUGCGAAGCGGACGAGUUUGAAGCGCUACCGCCGACUGCAACGAGCGACCGCCUGUGCCAGCGCAUUCGCAACUGCACGCAAACACAAUGGCAGACGGCGCCACCAACAGCAACGUCAGACAGGCAGUGCAAGCAGCUGACUACCUGCCGAAGCGGCAUCUCAACAGAGGCCAUUGCGCCAACGCCCACAUCCGACCGCGUGUGUCGCCGCUGCUCCACCUGCCCCGAUGACUCGCACGUUGAUGAGGUGUGCACCAUCACCUCAGACACGGUCUGCGCCAACUGCACCGCGUGCGUGCCUGGCGAAGAGUACAUGCUGCGGCCCUGCCAAGUUGCCACCGACACCCUCUGUGUCCCGUGUCAACAGUGCGUCGCCGGCGAAACCUACCAAGCGCAGCUGUGCUAUGGCGACCAAGAUACGACGUGUGUCGAAUGCGCCGAGUGCGGUGCUGACGAGUAUCAGGUGGCCGCGUGCACGCCCUUGUCCAACACAGAGUGCUCCCCUCUGACCACGUGCCGGCCGGACGAGUACGAGACGCGUGCCCCGACUGCCACCACCAACCGCGAGUGCAAGGCCAUCACCACGUGCGAGCAAGACGAGUACAGGACUGUGCGUGCAACCGCUACGAGUGAUGCCGAGUGCCGCUCGCUCACAGCGUGCAGGGAUGAGCAGUUUGUUGUGGCCAGGCCCACGCCAACCACCGAUCGCGUGUGUCGCAACUGCACAGCAUGCAAUUCACGUGCGGAAUAUGAGCGCCUGUCCUGCUCCUCCAUUCGCGACACUGUGUGUGCUCCAAUCUCCAAUUGCACUGCACGUUGCGAGUUUGACAACACCGCCCAGUACUGCAAGCUGGCUGGCUCAGUCACGCCGUGCGAGGCGUUUUGGACUGCAGACGAUUGUCCGCUGGACCGAUGCGACUUUGAUCCCUCAGACCCGAUCCUGCCGUGCACCACAAAGCCAGAUGACGGCAGCGGUCAGGAGCCCAUCCCCGACUGCUCGUUGCUGACCAUGCCCUUCUGCAAAGGCGCGUGCGUGUGGGACACCGACACGCUGACUUGCCGCGUGCGCGCGUGCAAUGACUUUGAGAAGGCGAGCGACUGCGUGGCUGCGGGGUGCGUGUACGAGCCAAGCGUUGGCUACUGCCGCAACGAGGGCGAGCAGGUGCCGUGCAGCCGCUACUUCACCGCAGACCUGUGCCAGACACAAGCGCGCUGUGCGUUCGACACAACAGCGAGCGUGUGCUACCCUGCUGAUGGCACGCCACCGUGCUCGGCCUUUACCAUGCUUGGUGCAGACGCGUGCCCGCUCUCCUUUUGCGAGUACGACGCACGCGCAAGUGUAUGCAAGGAGAAGGGCGAGCUCACGCCCUGCAGCCUGUACCCGACACGCGACACGUGCUCUGUGAUUGGGACGGAGUACGAGGUGGCCCCGGCAACGGCAACAACAGACGCCGUGUGCAAGCGCGCAACAGAGUGCACCGACACCCAGUAUGAGCGGCUGGAGCUGCUGCCCAUGCGGGACCGCCUGUGCCUCAACCUCACCGUGUGCGCAGAGAACGAGUACGAGACGCGCGCGCCAACAGCAACAUCCAACCGCCGCUGCAUGGCCAUCACCACGUGCGAUGCAGACGAGUACGUGUCCACGCCGCCAACAGCGACCAGCGACGCAAACUGCUCUGCCAUCACCCCGUGCACGUUCAAGGAGGGUUUGCCUGGCGAGACGUACGAGAUUGCGCCACCAGGGCCAUCGUCUAAUGCACAAUGUCUGCCCAUCUCAUCUUGCCGCUCAGACGAAUACGAGGAGUUGCCUCCAACGUUUACCACAAACAGAGUGUGCCUGCGCGUGACCAACUGCAGCGUGCUGGUGGAGCAGUACGAGUCAAUCCCCGCGACUGCAACAUCAAACGCCGUGUGCGCAAACCUGACAGCGUGCACACCAAGCGAGUUUGUUUCCGUGCGUCACACCGCCACCACGGACCGCGAGUGCGACGAGCUGAGCACGUGCGCGGGGGACCAGUACGAGGAGAGCGCCCCAGUUGCGGGCACACGGUACUACGUUGAAGACCGCGUGUGCCGCAACAUCACACAGUGCGACUACGACACAGAGUACCUCUUGCAACCGGCGACCCCAACCUCCAACGCCGUCUGCGAUCCCAUCACGCCCUGUCCAAAUGAGGACGGCUUGUACCAGAGCACGCCGCCAACCAACACCUCCGAUGCGCAGUGCGCGCCCAUCAAGCAGUGCGCUGAGGACGAGCGCGAGCUUUUGCCGCCAACACCGACGUCCAACCGCGUGUGCGACCUGGAGGGGGUCGUGCAGUCACAGCUGCGCAUCACGGGCCUCACCCCACAGGACUUUGACAACAACACGGCGCUGGUUGACGGCUUCAAGGCCGCCGUUGCCGCGGUUGCCGGGCGCAGCAGUCCGCACCUCGACACGACACGCGAAGACAUUGCCAUUCUCUCCAUCACUGCCGGCAGUGCCGUCAUCCACUUCACCGUCGCGGUGCCCGUCUCCGCCGCGCAGCUGGUGUUUGAGAGCCUGCAGAACUACGACGCCGUGCUGGCUGAGCUCUUGCGCAACCCGCUGUUUGAAGGCGUCACUGUCACGGAUAUUGUCUGCGAUCCAGACACGGAGUACGAGGUUGUGCUUGACAUUGGAUUUGGCCUCAAGGCGUGUGCCCCAAUCUCCGUCUGCAACACCACAGACGUGCUUGCAGAUCGCAUGGGCUUUUUCGACACGACAACAUCCACAACCACAACAACCACAACCACCACCACAACCUCCACCACCACCUCCACCACGACGACGACGACGACCAUUAUCGUGACGACAACCACAACCGCGUCCACCACUCCUGGCAGCGGCGAUGGCCAGCCCUUCACAGCUGGCAGCAGCACAGCGAGCACACGCAGAAGCACGCUGCCAUCAACAACCACGACAAGCAUGACCCCAUUCCCUGUUGAAAUCACCACGACCCAGCCGCAGCUCACCAGCACCACCAGCACCACCGCUGCCGCCGCCACGACAACGACGACGGUGUCGCCGUUGCUGGCGCUGCUCGACAGUCCAUAUCUGCAGUACGAGGCGGCAAUGCCCACCGCCACCUCUGAUCGCAUGUGCCGCGCUGUCACCGUGUGCAACGCCACCCAAUACGAGGCGCAGCCGCCAACAGCCACGUCAAACCGAAUCUGCGAAAGCCUCAGGGUGUGUGCGGAUGACGAGUACGAGACGCGGGCGCCGACAGCAACUUCCGACCGCGAGUGCAAUCUGCUGCGUGUGUGCAUGGACGAUGAAUAUGAGGUUGUGGCUGCAACCACAACGAGCGAUCGCUGGUGCGAUACCCUCACCACAUGCCAGGAGCGCGUGUCAUAUGAGUCGGUUCCACCCACGCCAACCAGCAACCGCAACUGCUCUGCGUGCAAGACGUGCGACCUGGACGUGGAGUUUAUCAAGCAGCCGUGCACCGUCCUGAGCAACACGGAGUGCGACGAGCUCACCACGUGCAACGCCACAUCGUUUGAGGCGGUUGCGCCGACGCCGAGCACAAACCGCGAGUGCCAGCUCAUUGCCACGUGCGAUUUCAGCGUCCAGUAUGAGACGCGGGCGCCGACAGCGACCUCUGAUCGCACAUGCGCGCCGCUCGACGUGUGUACGCCAGCGGAGUUUGAAGCGCGCGCGCCAACGGCCACAAGCAACCGCCUGUGCAACACCACCGCGGUGUGCACGGCCGCACAGUACGAGACGCAGGCGCCAACACCAACAACCGACCGCGUGUGCGUGGCGCUGGACGUGUGCGACCCAGGCACCCAAUAUGAGGACGUGGUACCAACGCCAACCUCCGACCGGCUGUGCUUGCCGCUGCGCGUGUGCACCGAUGGCGCAGAGUACGAGGAAGUGCCACCGACCGCAACCACAAACAGGGAGUGUCUGCCGAUUGAGCCGUGCGACUCUGGCCAGUUCAUCGACGUCCCCGCCACGCCCACGUCAAACCGCGUGUGCGCACAGUGCUCGCCGUGCCCGGAGCGCAUCGAGACGCCAUGCAACGCGACGCACAACACGGUGUGUGCCGGCUGCUCCACAUGCCGGGACGACCAGUUUGAGAGCGCAGCGUGUACGCUGCUGACAGACACGCUGUGUGAGGACUGCACACCGUGCACCGAAGGGGAGACGUACGAAGACACGCCGUGCACUGCGUUUGAUGACCGGCUGUGUCUGCCGUGCAAACAGUGCACUAUUCUGCAGUACCAAACUGCGGCGUGCACGCUGACAUCCAACACAGCGUGCGCGGAGCUGGCAGUGUGCGACCCGGAGACGCAGUAUCAGCUGCUGCCGCCGACACCGACGACAAACCGGCUGUGCGACGACUAUCAGCCAUGCAACUUGGACGACUACUAUGUUGUUGUCGAGGGCACGGCCACCAGCGACCGCGAGUGCCAGCUGCUGCGCGUGUGCAGUGCGCUCGAGUACGAGAGCGUGCCCAAGACGCGCACGUCCAACAGGGAGUGCACGGAGCUUGAGCAGUGUACCUCGGACGAGUACGAGAAGGUGGCGCCAACGGCAACGAGCGAUCGUCAGUGCGACCUCAUCACGGAAUGUGGUGCUGGUCAAUACGUGCGUGCACCGGCCACGCCCACGUCCAACACGGAUUGUGGCGACGUGACGCCGUGUGGUGUUGAUGAGUACAUCAAGGUCCCCGCCACCGCCACCAGCGACAACACGUGCGAUGAGCUUCGCGUGUGCACGAGUGGCGAGUACGAGACAGUGGCUCCAACGCUCACCACCAAUCGCGAGUGCGACACCAUCACCCCAACCUGCGAAGUUGGCCAAUACCAGCAAGCCGCGCCCACGGCCACUUCGGAUCGCAUGUGCGAUGACAUUUCAUCAUGCCAGCGCGACCAGUUUGAAGUUGUUCCACCAGGGCCCACCAACAACAGAGACGGGCGCGAUUUGACCGCUGCGUGCAUGUCAGCGCUGAUUCAGGCCAAUGUGUGCGGUAGUGAGACUGUGUUUGACGACACAGAGUACAAUGCGCGGCCACACUGCUCGUCCUGCCGCCAGCUAGGCCUCAGCUCCAUCACCUGCCAAUCUGAUCUCAUGUCGUGGGUGCGGCCGGUGUGUGCUGAUCCGUGGGUGGAUUACGUGUCUGUAUCGCUCACCGCCACAACGGACAGAGUGUGCGCGGCGCGGCGUGUGACAACGCCUUCACCGCCGACGGUUGUGGAGGGAUCAAGCAGCACUGCCAGCAUCAGUGACGUGUGGAUUUACACCAUUGUCGCUCUCGCUGCCCUCCUCAUCCUCGUCCUCAUUGUCAUCGCCUAUCGCAGACACGAGAGGACUGAGUCACACGCAGUGCAACCACUCCAGGAUUUGGAAGGAACGCCCUCUUACCCAGCGAGCCCGGCGAGAAAGCCAGACCCAUGGGGCGAAACGGACUCACUUGCCGGCAUCCAGUCGACAUAUCUGGGACCAAACCCGGCGUGGGUGGCAAACGCAACGUUCCGUGGUGAUGACGCCGCGCAAGCAACACCGCUCUCGCCAACCAACGCAACGCUUGGCAUGUAUGGUGAGCCGAUUGUGAUGGAACAGACGUCCACGCCGCCGCCCUCCAGCACCGCAACAGCAACGCCGACCACAACGGCAGCGGCGGUAACCACAGCACCUGCGCCGGCACAGCAGCAGAAAGAGCAAGAGCAAGAGCAAGAGCCAUUGCAGCAGCAGCAGCAACAGGCAGCGAGCAUGGAAGAGGGGUUUGCACCCAGCCGCCCCAUUGUUGCGUUUGCACCACCACCAGCGUCCACCCCUCCUGUUGACACCGCCAACGCCAACGAUGAUGAGGAUGAUGACGAUGAUGACGAUGAUGACGACUACCUGUCGGCAGCGGCUGCAGCGGCACAACAACAACAACAACAACAACAACAGCAGCAGCAACAGCAGCAGCCGCAUCCUGCUGCUGUUUCUCCGAGUGAUGUGGACGUACAGUUCUCAGAGAACGACCUGCCUGCACCUGUGCUGGUGCGACCGGCAUCAUCAACGCCACACCACGAGCCACAGCCGCAACAGGAACAGGAACAGCCGCAACAACAACAGCAGCAGCAGCAGCAAGGUGCUCAGAGCACGGAUGAUGUGUUGGCGCGGUAUGGGGUGACGCCGCAGUAUGAGUAUGGUGACGGGGAGUACCCGCGGUUCCAGGCAGAGUCAUCGGCCCGGGACACGCGAUCGUUCGCCCUCGACGAUCCAAACGCAGAGGUUGUCGAGGCACCAUCAACACCGCCGCUGCGGUCGCGCAGUGCGUCCACAUCGUCGUCUGGGCGGCGGGCCAGCUUCCUCGGCCGCAGACGCAACAGUCGGUCCUCAACACGGCGCAACUCAACUGCUGAGCUCGACUCACACUUGUAG